CCAAAAUUGGUAGAAUUGAAUUUAUUGUUUGCACUUAUUUCCUCUUUUCUUCAGAAUUUAUUAAAUUGAGAAUGUGCAUGUGGUGAGAAACUUUGCUUUAGCUCUUUAGUAGUGCAUUGGUGAUUUGUUGAGUUCCCUUUUUUUAUAUAAUUUUGCUUAUUUUCCUAAGACUGUUUUUUUUUUCCCUAUUUCUUACCUCUAUUUUAUUUUUAAUUAAAGGAAACAAAUUGGCUUGGUUGACGAUGCAGGAAAAGUGUUGAGCUGAAAAAGAAACUUGGAAAUGGUUAAUUGCAUCGACUUUGGCUUUUGACGGGUGAGGAAAAAUGGAGAUAAAUUUUAAGCUCUAAAGUGUGUGACCCAAGGCAAGAGGGCAGUCCAAGACAAUGAAGAGGAAAGAAAUCCAAAGAAAAUAAAGUUUUCAACACCUAAUGAGAAAGCUGAGUUUGAAAUAGCCCUUUCAGUGUCUGAUAUCUCGAACAAGUAUAAGGAUGAUGCUCUCCAAGAUUCAGAGAAAUUGCUGCUUUUUGAUGGUUGUCAGGUUGUCUAGCUAAAACAUCUGUUAGAAGAUCUAUUAUGUUGGUGAUGCUGUGGGGAGACUAAAUGAUCAGUGAUGCCAAUAUAAAAUCUGCAGAGGCGGGAGGAUUGAAAUUUUACUUCCCCGAAGGAUAUUUUAGUGCAUAGAGUUGUUACAAGUAUGUUCAUCACUUACCUUUUGUUGCUGCAUGUGGGUUCUGCAAGGUGGUUGAAAAAGCAUGCAAAUUUCAGCCUUUAAAAUUUCGUUGCAUAAGAAAUCUUGUGGCAGUCAAAAAGGUGUUGAAAAUGCAUGCAAAGUGCAGAGUUGAAAGUGUGGUUAUUUGGCAAGAUGGUGCAGCCAAAAAUCUUGACAUAAAUGGAUUUUGCUUCUCCAUGUAUCCAUGAAAUUAAAGGUUAAGACUUUGAAGGCCAUUGCAUUUAUUGUCCAUCGUUGAAUUUUGACCUUGCAACCCAUUUCAUUAAUUUUGGGCAGUGGAAUUUUGGCUGUAAAAGCCAUUUGGCCAUUCGGCAAAGCAACCAAGAGAGCAAUCCAAAGCAAAGUGAGCUCUAGAAAAUACAAGAGUUUUGUGAGUGCUUUAGAUGAGGAGCUACGGCAGUGGUUAGUUCUUGAGAAAUUGGUUUAAUCGUGAUGGCAUCUGGAGCCAAGUACGAGAUUGAGAAAUUUAAUGGUGGCAAAAAUUUCAGCUUAUGGGGGUUGAAGAUGCGGGCCAUGCUAAUACAGCAGGGCCUAUGGAAAGCACUAGAAAAGGAAGGCAGGCUACCAAAAACUCUACCAGAGGAAGAGAAGAUAGACUUGAAGGAGCAGGCACUGAGUACAAUUCAGCUCUCACUUUCUAACGAAGUCUUGGGGGAGAAACGGUUGUUCAUCCUCAGUAUGAAUGAAGGUGGUUCCAUCAAAGACCAUCUUGAUGAGUUCAACAAGCUCAUUUUAGACUUGAAGAAUAUCGAUGUGAAGAUAGAAGAUGAAGACCAGGCAAUUAUUGUUUUGUGCUCGUUGCCUAACUCUUAUGACAACUUUGUUGAAACUCAUCUUCAUAGUAGAGAUCAACUCUCUAUGGAAGAUGUCAAGGCGGCUCUGAAUUCAGGAGAAUUGAAAAAGAAGGUGUCCGAAGACAAGAGUGGUGAUCAAGCAGCAGGAUUGGUCAUAAGAGCCACUGGCACGAUGGUUCUUGGUGAUGAUACAACAUUGUCUAUUGUUGGAAUUGGCAACAUCCAGAUCAAGAUGUAUGAUGGGAUAGUUAGAACAUUCAAGGUUCGUCAUGUGCCGGGUUUGAAGAAAAAUCUCAUUUCCAUGAGUGAGCUUGACUCCAAGGGUUACCGAUACUCCUGUGAAGGUGGAGCUCUCAAAGUCUCUAAAAGAGCUCUUGCAAUAUUGAAAGGGAAGAAAGUUGGUAGUCUUUAUCACUCACAAGGAAGCAUAGCCAAUGGCACAUGUGCUGUGUCAACUUCAAGUAGUCCAGAUAAAGAUGUGACUUGGUUAUGGUAUAUGCGACUUAGGCAUAUGAGUGAAAGAGGGAUGAUUGAGCUGAGAGUUCAUCGAACUCAAGGCACAGUUGAUUACAUUCACUCAGACUUGUGGGGUCCCUUGCUUGUUGCAUCAAAAGGUGGAGCUGUGUAUAUGUUGACCUUCAUUGAUGAUUAUUCAAAAAAGGUAUGGGUAUACAAAUUAAAAAGUAAGAGUGAUGUGUUCCUCACCUUUAAGCAAUGGAAGACGCUGAUUGAGAAGCAAAGUGGAAAACAAAUCAAAUGCCUAAGAACAGAAAAUGGUCUUGAGUAUUGCAGUGAAAGGAUGAAUCAUACACUCUUGGAAAGGGCACGGUGUAUGCUUUCAAAUGCUGGAUUAUCAAAGGACUUUUGGGCAGAAGUUGUCAAUCAUGUUAACUAUCUUGUAAAUCAAUCUCCAUCCACAACAAUUGGAUUAAAGACUCCAGAAGAAUUAUGGUCAGGUUCUACUGCUGAUUAUUCACAGUUAAGGAUAUUUGGUUGUCCUAUGUAUGCUCAUGUUAAGGAUGGUAAGCUUGAGCCAAGGGCAGUGAAAUGCGUAUUUCUAGGGUACGCUUUCGGGGUAAAAGGCCAUAAACUGUGGUGUGUUCAGAAGUCACCUCAGUUUCUCAUAAGCAGAGAUGUAACCUUUGAUGAGUCUGUUAUGCUCUAAAAAGCAAAAAAGGAGUCAACAAUUGCAAAGCCAAACUAUGAGUUAGCAAGCAGGUGGAGUUUGAAGCAACAACUCUAGAAAAGGCAAUGCGAGAUGACAAUAUUGUCCAAGAGAAUCUAGAUGUGGUGUAAGAUCCAGAACUAACAGAUGCUCCAAUGGAGGUGGAGGCACCUUAACAAACACAACAACAGUAAAAUAUUGCUACUGGU